CACUUCAGUUCAUUUCAGUUCAAUUUAUCAUUAUUUUUAUUGCAAUUUAAAUCUUGUCGUUCCUAUUGACUAUUGUAAUCUCGUCAGGAGGAGGUUUAAUCGAAAACAUUCCUCGUGUCCUGCCCCAUGGUUUGGGGGUGUCACUUGAUGCUAGCUCUUGGAGCAUGCCGUCAGUGUUCGGGUGGUUAUUUGGACAAGGGAAUGUAGCAACACACGAAAUGGUGCGGACUUUCAACUGCGGUAUCGGAGCAGCCCUUAUUGUUGGUCAAGACAUUGCUACUUCGGUUAUGGAACAUCUUUCAGCGUUGAACGAAAAAGCUUGGAUUAUAGGAAAGGUCACUGAAAAUAGGGAAAACGUUGACAGAGUUAUUGUUAACAAUCUUGAAAGUGUGCUGUGCGAGUCUGCUAAAAGUGCAGACAUUAAACACCAGGAUGACAAUGAAACUGUUAAACGACCAAAACUAAGCAGCGUAGAAAUGGAGCGUGGAAAGAAAAUGAAAGUAGGGGUACUAAUCUCUGGCUCAGGAACAAACUUGCAAGCUCUGAUCGAUCACAGCUUACGGGAGGGCAGUAGUGCAGAGAUUGCUGUGGUCAUAUCAAACGUGCCUGGAGUUCAGGGUCUAACGCGGGCUCAAACAGCUGGUAUACCAACUAAAGUAAUCAAGCACAAAGAUUUCAAAAGCCGUUUAGAUUUUGACAUGGCAGUGCAUGCAGCAUUGGAAGAAGCUGGAGUAGAACUGGUUUGUUUAGCAGGAUUUAUGAGAAUUGUAACCGGCGAGUUUGUUCGAAAGUGGCGUGGUCGGCUGCUGAAUAUUCAUCCCUCUCUACUUCCUUCAUUCAAAGGCAUGCAUGCGCACAAACUUGUCUUGGAGGCAGGUGUGCGCAUAUCAGGGUGUACGGUUCACUUUGUGGAG